CUGAUCACUCAUUUAUCUAUCUCCAUCAUACCAUUACAUUCUACAACCACCUGAAAAAUUCACAAACUGCAAUAUGAACAUGUUACUCAAAUCUCCAAUUCUAUCCCUCAAUGUUCUUCAUCACCCCACCACUACUUUUCUAAGACCCUUUUACCCUUCCACUCAUCUCCCAUUGUCAUCAAAACUAAUAAACACAUUGCAUGUUUCAAAACAACCUUUAAUGAAACAUUCAAUCUCUUCAAUGAAAUGUUCCAAAAACCUUGAAUUUGAACCUGACCCAACACUCACAAAUGAAGAUCUAAAACCAACAUCACAAACACAAAGAACAUUUUCAGGUCUAGAAAUAGCUUCUCUUUGGGUAGGACUAGUUGUUGGUGUUCCAUCUUACUACCUAGCUGGUUCCUUAGUUGAUCUUGGCAUGUCAUGGUGGCAAGGAAUCUCAACCGUUGUUAUUGCCAACAUCAUCAUUUUAUUCCCUCUUAUCUUAACUGGCCAUGCAGGUACAAAAUAUGGUAUCUCAUUCCCAGUUCUUGCUAGAUCCUCAUUUGGUAUUCAUGGUGCUCACAUUCCAACUCUUCUAAGAGCUUUAGUUGGUUGUGGUUGGUAUGGAAUUGAAUCAUGGAUUGGUGGUGAAGCAAUUUUCAUUCUACUACCAGAUUCACUUAAAAAAAUCACUUUUUUGUCAAAUUCACUACCUUGGCUUGGUACUUCACCACUUGAAUUUUCAUGUUUUAUGGUUUUUUGGGUGACCCAAUUGGCUAUAGUAUUGAGGGGUGUUGAUGGAAUUAGACAGCUCGAGAAAUUUUCAGCUCCAAUACUCAUUUUUCUCACUUCAUGUCUUUUGAUUUGGUCUUAUGUUAAAGCUGGUGGUUUUAGUCACAUGUUUUCUUUAUCUUCAAGGCUCACAAAUUCAGAGUUUUUGUCUGUUUUUUUCCCUUCACUUACUGCUAAUAUAAGUUUUUGGGCUACUGUGGCUCUUAAUAUUCCUGAUUUUACUAGAUAUGCAAAAAGUCAAAAGGAUCAAGUUAUUGGUCAAAUUGGGUUACCAAUUUUUAUGGGGUUAUUUACAUUUGUUGGUUUAGUAGUUACUUCAUCUACAAAAGUGAUUUUUGGUGAAGUUAUUUCUAAUCCAAUUCAACUUGUUGGUAAAAUUGGUGGUUUAACAACUGGUAUACUUGCAAUUGUUGGUAUAAGUCUUGCAACACUUACAACCAAUAUUGCUGCUAAUGUUGUAGCACCUGCAAAUGCACUUGUUAAUCUUAAUCCAUCAUGGUUUACUUUUAGAAGAGGUGCUUUCUUAACUGCGAUACUUGGAAUUGUUUUUCAACCUUGGAGACUUUUGAAGUCAAGUGAGAGUUUUGUUUAUACUUGGUUAGUUGGUUAUUCUGCAUUGAUGGGUCCAAUUGGAGGGAUUGUUCUUGUGGAUUAUUAUGUUAUAAAGAACAUGGAGUUGAGAGUAAGUGAUUUAUACACAAGAAGUCCUUUUGGUGCAUAUUAUUAUUCAAAGGGGUUUAAUUUAGCAGCUAUUGUUGCUUUGGUUGUUGGAAUUUUACCUGUUGUUCCUGGUUUCUUGCACAAAGUUGGAAUUGUGAGUUCAAUUUCUAAUGCUUUUGUUGUGAUUUACAACAAUGCUUGGUUUAUUAGUUUCUUUUCAGCAGGGCUUUUGUAUUGGGUUCUAUUAAGUUUGGGAAGGAAAUUAGGUGAAUCUGUUCCUAUAGACCCCCUUUUGCCUGAUGCAAAUUAAGCACAAAGCAGUUUAUGGAUCCUCUCAACCAAGACACUUUUCUUUGGAUGAAAAGAUUUCUUUAAGAUGUCUUUUCUAUAAUUAAAAGUUUAGGAGAGUUGAGUCUCUAGAGCUCAUCGUUGUAAGUUGUAACUACGAAGAUUUAAUUAUUUUUUCCUUCUAUAAUUAAAA